AGGAGGAGGAGGAGAGGCCUGCAGUUGAGGAGGCUGCAUGUGUGGACUGCUGCUGGCGAGGAGUGACUCACACAACGUAGCUGAACACUCAGAAACAUGUCGGCCCAGGCACAGAUGCGAGCGAUGCUGGACCAGCUCAUGGGGACCGGGAGAGACGGAGACUCCAUGAGGCAGAGGAUCAAAUUCACAGAUGAGCGAGUCUGCAAAAGUCACCUCUUGGAUUCAUGUCCUCAUGACAUCUUGUCUGGCACCAGGAUGGACCUGGGCGAGUGUAUGAAAGUCCAUGACUUGGCCCUCAGAGCAGACUACGAGAUUGCCUCGAAGGAGCAGGAGUACUUCUUCGAACUUGAUGCUGCUGAACACCUUCAGUCCUUCAUCGCUGACUGCGACCGCAGGACCGAGCUAGCCAAGAAAAGACUAGCUGAGACGCAGGAUGAGAUCAGCGCUGAAGUGGCUGCAAAGGCUGAACGUGUCCACGAGCUAAACGAAGAGAUCGGGAAGCUGCUGGCCCGGGCAGAGCAGCUCGGGGGCGAGGGCAAUGUAGACGAAGCCCAGCAGCUGCUGGAAAUGGUGGAGAAGACCCGGGCCUUGAAGAAAGAAGCAGAGGAUGUGUACCGAAACUCGAUGCCAGCCUCCAGCUUUCAACAACAAAAACUACGAGUGUGCGAGGUGUGCUCUGCCUACUUGGGUCUUCACGACAACGAUCGCCGUCUGGCUGACCACUUUGGGGGCAAACUGCACCUCGGUUUUAUUGAAAUCCGUGAGAAGCUUGAAAAGCUAAGGAAAGCCGUUAUAGAGAAACAAGAAAGAAUGCGAAUGAGAAGACGAGAGGAGCGUGAAAAAGAAGAUGAAAGAGAGCGACAGUGGGAGGUGGAGCGGGAACGAGAAAGGGAGCGGGAACGAGAGCGCGAAUGGGAGAGAGAACGAGAAAGAGAGAGGGAGCGUAGGAGGUCAAGAUCUAGAAGUCCAGACCGAUACAGGGAUGGAGGCAGUUCGUCCUCCCAUCGCUCAAGACGCCAUCACUCCUCUCGUUCCAGAGAAGAAGGUGGCGAACGGGAUCGUGAGCGAGAGAGGAAGCAUCGACACAAGGAGAGGCAUCGCUCACGCUCCUACUCUCACAGGCGCAAAAGGAAGAGGUCCUCCAGAGACAGAUCAUCUCACACCCACGAAAAAGAGCGCUCGGUGUCCCAGGAGAAAUGUGCAGAGGGUGCAGAGGGAGCAGAGGGUGCAGGAGGAGAGGGGUGGCGUGAAGAGAGGACGGAGUACAAAGACUGGGAGAACAGAGAGAGGUCCCGCUCCGCGGACACAGCCAGGGGGAGGGAACGAGAGAGAUCCCUGUCGUACGAGCGGGACCGACGCUCAAGCUCCGAGGAGCGAGAGUCCGGGGAGAUAUGAACAGGAGGGGACGCCUCCUAAGUCUUUGAUUUGGAUAUAUUGUUUAGUAAAAGGAGCAUGGAGAGAAGGGUGUGUGUUUGUGCGAGCGUGUGUGUCUGCUUUGUAUGUGUGUUCAUAUUAAAAGUGGGACAUGUACAUUAGCAGGGCGGACGGCGGAAAACUUAACUUGGGGAUGAGGGAACAACUUCAGUGGUGGCGGUCAAGGAACAUGAAAAACAACUUUUAUAAGACUCUGAAUUGUGACGCUAGUGUGAGCUGGAAGCAGUAUAGUCAUUUUUUAUGCCAUCUUGUUGAUCUUAUGUACAGUUAUUUUGACAGUGAUGAGGGAUGAGUGAGUGAGAGACAGCAGCCUUACUUUGAGUCUGUUUUUUAUUUUGCUCACAUGAAGUGCUGUUUUUUUUUUGGUUUUUUUUAUCAUUAGUUGGACCUUAAAUGUUAAUACUGUUUUUCCUGUUCCAUUGUGAAUCCAUCAGUUUCAUUCACUGUGGAUUCUUCUACAUGGGUUGGACUCCUUAAUGUGGCAUAGCCGUUUGAAAUGAGCUGUGAAUGACUGAAGGCACUUCUGAUGUUUGUGUUUUAUUUGCUGCCUUCAAGCCAUAACGGUCUCAUUUGGAAAAUCACACACAUCCCAGAGUCUGCCCUUAAUUCAAAAUGCAUUGAUUUGAAAAAAAAAACUCACUUGUCCCCCCGGAAAGAAGUCAUCAAAGAAGUAUUUCCACUCAGUUCCUGACAUGUGAAAGCAUAUAGAUGAUCUUGACACUCAGAAGGCCCAGGGACUGGUGUCCCGUUUGCUGUGAUACAACCUGGAUGUACUGGGGGUGUCUACUUUGCUGUUCCACCAUUAAGUGAAUAAAAUUGUCUGCUUCCAUUCAAAUA